AAAAAGCUAGAAAGAUGGAAACAACUCUUAGAAGACCCUUGCUUAACCCGCGUGCGUCACGGGCUACAGGGGUCGACCCUCGAGCUAACCCCCGCCGGCGCCUGCGCACUGGCCUGGCCCCGCCCGCGGCAGGAAGCCCCGGGGUGAGACACUCUCAGAUUCCGUGACAACGGCCGGAUUAAACGUUUUUCUUCUCCUUUGCUACUGAACCUAUGCUGUGACUUAGAAAACAAGAAACUCCGAGAGGCUGUGGGGAUUGUCUUAGCUGUCUCCCUCCUCCGCCGGCACCGCUGAAGGCAGCCCCAGGGCGCUAAACCUCGGGGCCCUGGGUUUCUAUGACGACAAACAGGCCUUCCAGCAAAGGAGGAAGUGAGCGGUUGCUGGGCGGGACUAUGUGGCAGCCUGCAAGUCCCAGUGCGGCGCUGAUUUGUGUCUAAAUUAGCUUUCCGGAGGAUUAUUUCAAAUUACUAAAGAGAUAGGAGGCAUUGUUUAUUAUGUCUCUCCCGAAAACGUCCUCCACCGCUCUAAACUCUACAUCAGCAUCUGAGAGCAAAAAGUUAAAAGUGUCUGUAGCCAAGGAAGGGACAAGAGGACUUCCUGAGCUAAAGGAGAAAAAAAAUAUGGUGGAUCAUUCAAAACCCCUUCCUACUUCCCUUCAGAAUGAGUUCAUUCCCAAAGAAGUUCUUCUUUCUCUGACCUAUGCGGCCAAUGCUGGUCCUUGUCCUGAAAACUUACUGCCUCCUAAGAAAAUUAAAACCCCAAAGGGCACUCUUCCACGCCUUGUAGACCAUGUCUGGCAUCACCCUGUUCGAAGGAAUAAAUUCAAAUACCUGAUUGACCAUCCCGUCUCCCUCACGGGAGCUGGAAGGGAUAUUUCUUUUCUGUAUGAUGUUAAAUAUGCCAAAGGACAGACUAGGGAGAAGACAGUUUGUCCCCCACAUUUGGCCCAUUCAUUACAGUCACAUGAUGGUGUCAUUGUGCCCCAUAAGCCAAAUAUAUUAACAGAUACUUUGAUUCCUGAAGAAUUUCAUAUUGUGUCAAGUACAGGAGUUUCAGGUUUGGAGUGUUACGAUGACGAAUACACUACUCUCCUCACAGAUAGUGAAAACAGGCUAUUGCUCUUCCCAUCCAUGAAACCUAAUAAAAGAGUCGAAGUGGCCCAGCUGAAUGAUGUGAUGGAUACUAUGCUAGAGAGGGCUGGUGUGGAAAAUCAGGAAUAUACAGGACCAACUAAGAUGCACAAACUACUACAUAUAUUGAAGAAGGAACAGACCAUUUACAACACAAUAUUUCAUGAACUUAUUCGACAAGUCAGUGUGGAGUGUGCAGACAGAGGAGAACUUCUGUCUAAAGUCAGAGAGAGGUAUGUACAAAUGCUUGACCAGAUUGCCCGGCAGAUGAUUGAUUUCUACAAAGACUUGGUAACUCAGCGAAUGAUGGACCAGCGCAUUUUAGAAGAAUUGUAUAAUUUCAAACAUGUUAUUGAAGAACUGACCAGGGAACUGUGUCUAGUUAGGGCACAUGAUGUGAAAUUAACAAAGAAAACAGAAAAAGCCCACAAGGAUUUGGCACAAGCUCUUUUAGAUGCGGAAAAGAAUGCCAAAAUGGUAGAAGAAUAUCAUGACUUAUAUACAUUACAAAGAGAAAGGAUGGAGAAUGAUAUGAAACAGUUAGUGGCAGAAAGAGAUAUCUGGAGCUCAGCCACAUAUGAAUUGGCCCUAAAGGUAAUUGAAAGAAAUAGAGUCAUAUUGGCUAGAAGACUUUACCUUAAUGAAAAAGGCUGGAAUAAAUACACUAAGCAUUUCAUCAUACUGUUGUCAAGCAAGGACACUGAAGACCUUGCACUGUUGCAGAAGUUGACACAAAAAUGGAGAAACUUAGUGAAUAAAUUUAAACAAGAGGUAGAACAAAUGGAAGCGUCUAUAAGCGAGACACUGAAAAUUGUUAAGGAUGGGCUUAUCAAAUGGCAGGAAUUCUUCAAUGAAAAAGACAUUUUAUCCCCUAAUAACGGAAAUAUAUUUGAUUCAGUUCUUUUAGACUUCAAACAGUGGCAGAAGAUCCUGAAUGAGAAAAAAGAAGAGUUUACUGGGGAUGUUCUACUGUCAAAAUAUGAUACUCUCAAGAUUAUUAAACAUUUACAGGAAAACUGGGCAGAUAUUGGGCUUGGGAUAUUUAAUCGCCAUAAAAGUUUGGAGGGGGAGAUGCCAUCAGAGCGACAGUACAUGGAGGAAAUUAUCAAAAACAUACAAAAACUCUACAAAGAAUAUGAAAUAAGAAUAAAUGGGGACAAUGAGACAGGAUCUCACCGUGUUGCACAGGCUGGUCUCAAACUACUGGGUUCAAGCGAUCAUCCCACUUCAGCCCCCCAAAGUGCUGGAAUUAGAGGCAUAAUGCACUGCACCUGGCCUUGGGUUAAUUUUUAUAUAGUGUGUGAGUUGGAAAACCUGGAGUUUCCUGAUAUGCCUCUUGAAGAAUGGCAGGAAAUAGAUGAAAAAAUUAAUGAAAUGAAAUCACAGUUGGAUAUACUGUUAAACCUUACUGGUAUUGUUCCACAGCACAUAGAUGUGGAUUCUGUUUCGGUACUCCAAGCAUAUAUAUUUAACAUGAUUCAACAAUGGCUUUUGAAGAUAGGCAAUGAAAUUAACAACGGUAACAUUGAACUUCAGCACCACAUGGAUGAGUUACACAUAUCUAUGAUCCAGUGGAUGGUAAACUUGCUGAUUUUAAUGAUACCCAACUUUACUGACCAAGACUGUCUCCUAAAGUUGGAGGAGGAAAGUGCUGAGAAACAUGAUAUAGGAGUUGCACGAUUGGAGCUAGAUGCGAUUGAACUGACAAGGAAGUUGUACCAAUACUCCAGCUAUUUGAGCAGUUGUUGCAAAGGGAUGGUAACAGCAGUGGCUCUGAGUAAAUCCACUAACUCACACAAAAAUGCUACUGAAGACCUUUAUGAGGUGGAUAAGUUGAAGAAAGAAUGUUAUGAAUGGAUCAACACAUGCUCUUGCCUCCUUUCUAAUAUCAAAGGCAGAAAAGUUACAUUAUUGACAGAUGAAGAAAUAGAGCGGCUACUUGAAGAGGAGGCUGUAAAAGAAUUCAUUGAGCCUGAAAUAGAUGAGUCUUUUAAAGAAGAUGAAGAAAGUAAGGAGGAUAGGAAACUUCAGGAGGAAAAUAAAGAGAGAGCAGAAGAACAACCUUCAACAUCUACAGAGAAGGAAAAACUCAUUCGAUUCAUUGGAGAAGAUGAAAAUGUUCAUUCCAAACCUCUAUUUGAAACAGAUGUGUUGUCUUCCUGGAGAGAAUCAGCUAAGCAAGGUACACUGGCCCAAAAAUAUCUUGAAGCAAUGGCUGUAAUUGAACAUAUGCAGGAGAAGUUACUGGAGGUUGAAAAUAGAGCCAGACAGGCAGAGGAAAAGUUUGAAGAUGCAUAUGAGAAACUUCAUCAUACCCUUAUAAAAAAUAAAGAUCUAGAGGAAUUAGCCAUGACAUCAAGAAAGGAGUCUAAAGAAGAGAAAGAAAAUGAAGAUGAAAGAGAAGUAAAAGAAGAAGAAGAAGAACAAGAAGAAGAAGAAGUCAAGUCAGCAGAAAAUUCCUCAAAAUCUCCAAAGAAAGGUCACUGAAUCCAAGGCAACCUGUGGAGAGAAGAAUUCAGAUGUCAGUGGGAGCCUCCAGGUGGGAGGAGAGCAUGCCUAAACCCUGGUGGCCAUUGUUCUGUACUAAGGAAGAACAUUCCCUUUGAAAGGACAUUAUUUGCCUGUUGUAUUUAACUUCACAGUGCCUUGCAAAGAGUUGUUUAACUUGCAUAGUGCCACCCAAUAAAUAUCUGUGCAAUUGAA